CUUGUCUGUACUUUCAGCUAAACCACCCAUGCCUGAAACCAAGGAGACAAACUGAACCCCAGGAGACAGGUUGUCUGCCCUCACAUUUUUCCACCAACUGUUCCUAAUUUAUUCUCACACCUACAUAGCAAAAGUCUUUUCAACUGUAUGCAGAACUCUGAAGUGCCUGACAGACAUGAACUCACCUCUACAUAUUAUGUGUAAAUGCCUCAUUUAAGGAAAAUAUGCUAUAUUUUUGUGUCUACCACUGCUGCUGGCAAUCAUAUUGAUUACUUAAGUAGGCAAUAGGGCUCCAUCUUGCUUUGAGUGACUUGAUAAGUGACUGAUAAUGAAAUGCGCUUUGAGAAGUAUAUAAAGCCCAGCCUGUCGAGUUCACUCCGUAUUCUCUGUUAUUCUUAUGGAGCACCACAAGAUGUUCCCUGGGGCUUUCAUCCUGGCUGUUGUUCUGAGGGCAGCUAUGGGCUUUGAUUUUGGAUUAUCCACCAAGUGUGUAGCUAUCCCUAAGGAAAUGGCUGUGUGCCAUGACAUCAGCUACUCAGAAAUGAGGCUGCCCAACCUAAUGGGACACACAAACCUGGCAGAGGCUAUUCCAAGAUUUGCCAAAUGGAAGAGGCUUAUGCAAACUGGCUGCCACCCUGAUGCCAGGACAUUUUUCUGCUCUCUUUUAGCACCCAUCUGUUUGGAUAGGUUCAUCCAUCCUUGCCGGAGUAUGUGUGUGGCAGUUCAGGAGAGCUGUGCUCCUGUCCUAAGAUGCCAAGGUCAUCCCUGGCCAAGCAGUUUGAACUGUGAUCGGUUUCCCAGUGAUGAGGAUUCGUGCCUUGUGUCCCUCAGUGAAGAAUAUAAGCCUCCUCUCACAGGCUUUCUAAAACCUACUUGCCAGACUUGUCCACCAGUUGAGGAGUUCUUCAGACACAAGAGAGUACUACAAAGUUUUUGUGACAAAGGUUUUGCUGUGAAGGUGAAAUUUUCCAGGAAAACAAGCGUCUUCAGCCUUCAGGAGUACCACAUUGACUGCCAAGUGGAGGUUAUUAACCAGGAGGGGAUGCUCUUGCCUUAUGAAGCUUGCAGUGCGAUUGAGCAGUGGUUUCGGAUCAAUGACAACUGUACUGAAGAAAUGCUCCACACUCACUAUCUCAUGGCAUACCUCAUUGUGGCAACAACUGACGACAGCAGCAUCUUUGUCAGCCACAUCUACCGCUGGCAGACCUGGAAUUCUGAGCUGACUCUGGCAAUGCGGAAGUGGAUACAUCGUAAUUGCAUGUAACUCAGCCAUCUUCUGGUAUUUGUGAGCAUGGGACUCUUGAUCAAGAGUUUCAUGAGCGCUCACAGAAUGCUGGUGCUUGAUGGUCAUCCCCAUUCACUCCAAUGGAGGGAACUGAUCUGGAACUCUAAGAUACAUUUAUCCAUGCACUGUUUGGGGAGUGCUCUUGGAGAAGAACAAACACACCACACAUAUCGGAGCUCCCACACUCAUAACAGAUUACACCAAAAAUGUCAUGAAUACGAGUGUAUUUUAAACAAAUUAGGAAACCUUUCUGCAACAUCCUUUUAACAUGUUCAUUAUGGAAUAGGUGAAGUUUUACACCUACCGUUUAUAUGGUAUAAUGAAAGUACUACCGGUGGGAUUAUUUUAGCUGCAGCCAUUGAUGCCACACUUUCAUCAUUUUUAGAACAUUUGAAAAUAUGACUGUAACAUAAUGUAUAAUAUUUUAUAAAGUCUUAAUUAAAAUUACUUG